AUGAAAUCCUUUUUAAAGCAGUCCUAUGUGGAGAACAAGUCAUUUCUCGCUUUAAAAGUGGGCACAACCGGUUAUCCGAGUCUGCGUGUGAUGGAUACUUCGAGCUCUUCCUCCGGCCGUAUAGGCCCAAUUGGACUGGCCCAAACUGGUCGUUGGCAAAGGGGCAUCAGCCGAAACCCUCCCCAGUGCUGCCCCGCAUCCGGCCGGGGCUGGGGGUGGUUGAAAUACCACUCAAACCCUUCAGAGUCUGUGAUGUAG